AUGAAAUCUAAGAAAGAUAACAAUUCAAGUAUUUACUUUUCCUAUCUCCAUUUCUUAAUAGAAUUCUCUUAAUCAAGAGUUUUGUCACUGUGUAUCUUAUCACAAAUCAAAUAAUCUAAUCGUUUUUCGCUUAGAGAAUUGAUGUACCUGUACUAUCUUACUAAUUUAAUUAGAUAGAAAUUCCUGAAUCAUAAUAACUCAUAAUAAGAAGACUUUGGAGUAGCUCUCAAAUAUGAAGAAGCCUUAAUAAAAAUAUUCUUUCAAUAUGAAAAUUGUAUUAUUAAAAAGCUUGAAAUGGUGCAUACCUUAAAUAAAGAUUUUAUUAAUUUGGAAUCAUUUUUAGACAUAACUAAAAGACUCUACACUGAAAAAUAGGAACUAUUUUAGUAAUUAAAGGAAAUGGCUUAAGUCUCACACAAAAACUAUUUAUUAAGAGAGAUGAUAAACGGAUAUGUAAAAAAUUUAUCAUUCAUAGAGUUAAAGAGAGAUUUCAUAUCUAAAGAAACUUAAAGCUAGAAGCUGAUCAUUUAAUAGCAAAUCAAGGAAAGAAACUUGAUGAAGAAGCAACAACUAGCUAAGCAAUAAAGAUAAGCAGAUUAUGAAAUUGAUAUUUAAAAGGAGAAUCAUCAAUUAUUAAUCCAGUAAAUUAUUUCUAUUUAUAAUGAUAAUUAAGAAGUUGAUGAUAAAGUUAACAUGAUCAAAUAGCUGAUGCGCAAAGAAAAAAUUAGCUUACAAAAGUAGAAAAAACCAUUCGAAAUAGAUUAGUAUGAUUAAAAUAGUUGUACAAUAUUUAUGAAAUUAAAUGGUUCUGAUCUAGGAGAAAUUACAAAAGUUUAACAAUCCUUCUUCAAAAUAUUUGGUAUUGAAAAUAUUGUUGGUGCUAAAAUUGAUAGAAUAAUACCACCUUAGAUAGCUAAGUAUCAUCAGAAAUUGUUAGAAGAAUACUUAACCAAUAUUUCUAAUUAGCAAAAUUAAAUUUAAUCAAAAAAUCUCUUAGUAGCUCAAGAUAAAUAAGGCUGGGCAGUUCCUAUAAGAUUGAAAUUUUAAAUAGAUUAUCUCACCCAAUCUGAUUAGGCUGGAUUCAUCGCACUUAUUCAAAAAAUUGAUACAGAGAAUUUAUUUAUUUUGACAGAUUGUACAUAGUUUAGAAUUUUUCUUUGCUCUGAAUUACUUCAUGAAUAAAUUUUUAGUUAAUUUCUUUCUUCAAUUAAUUAAAUUUACUCUAUCUAUCUCACGAGAGUCAUGCCAAUUUUAUUAUUAUUUUCAGAUAGCUUUAUUUAAGAAUAAGAAAAAAAUUAGAACAUUAAAAAUUUUCAAUCCUAUUUUUAAGAAAACCAAACAAUUUAAUCUUUAGCGUUCUUCCCAGCAAAUUCUAGCAAAGAAAAUAUCAACCACUUAUUGAAAAAACCUUUGGAGUUGAAAGACCUUUAAAAAUAUUUUACUAAAAUUAACAAUUCAGGAUUUAACAUUUACUAAGUUAAAUUUUAGAUUCAUAAAACUCAAAAUAAAUUUUUCAAAAAUAAUAUUAUUGAAAUAAUUAAAAUCAGAAAAUUUAAAAAAAAUAAAGAAAUUUUUGAAUCAAUUUAGCAACUCACUAAUUAGUUUAACUUGCUUUGCAAUAUAGAUAUUAAGUUCGACUAUUUAAAAUUUGAAAGAAACACCUUAUCUGCUGAAAAUACAACUUUGAAUUCUAAAGAGGAAAUAUAAUCUUUAAAGUAAUGUGAAAAAGCAAUCACUGAUUUUAAUAAAUAGAGGACUAUUAAAUAAUCUAACUUUUAAAUAGAAUUCUGCUAGCCACUUAGUUCUUUGUAACAUAUUGAAACUACUACACUGCCUUCACCUUAAAAAGUUAAUUAGAAACCUAGUUAGUUAUAAGACGAAUUAGAAAUCACGGGAAUUUUAUCUUAAACUAAUUUGGUUUCUCCUAAAUUUUUAUAUCCAUUACAAUCUCCAAAUGCUUCUCAAAUUUAGCUAGUUGAUAAGUCGAUCCAAGAAGAUAGCUAAAUAAUGAAUCAAUUAUAACCACUGAAAUAACAAAAUUAAGGUAUAACGAACGAGAGUGUUAGAAUUAAAUAAUUCAAGAAUCUAUUUGAAGGUCUUAAACCAGGAUAAAAAAGAUUUUCAAACUUAGUCUAAUAAGUUAUUCAAUAUAAGGAGUAGUUAUUGCAUUAAGACUCAAUUCUCCGUCAAGAAUCAACUAAGAUAAAUUCAAUGACAUUUGAUCAUAUGCUCUCUUUAGGAAAUUCAAACAAUAUUUUAUCUCACCAGUCAUAAGAAGAUAACUCUAAACAGAGAUAAGAGCAAUAAAAUUAGUUAGUUGAAGCAUUAAAAGAUAAUGAUUAUCAAGCUACAUCAAUUCCAUAACUGUAAAGAUAAGUAGAUCAUUUUGAAAUGGAAGCUAGUGAAGCUUAUAGCUCAUUAAACCGUUCAAAAACACUUAAAAGUGGAAAGACUUAAACAAAAAGUAAUGUUAAAGUCAAGUCAAAUAAAAUCAACUAAAAUGAAAAAUAGAGUAACUUUCAACUCUAAACAUCUUACAAAGAAGGGGCAGAAUCUUCCAUAAAAAGUGGUUAAAGUUAUACUAAUGAAGCAAAAAAAAUAUUUGCUCAAAAGAUCCUAUCGAAAAAAAAAAAUGUUGGAAUAUAAGUAUUAUAUUUAGCUGGUUUAGCCUCUCUCUGCAUUAUACUAUCACUGACAGUUGCAUCAUAUUUUAGUAUUUAUGAUUUAUUUUAGCAAGAAAAAGUAGAUUUUAAAAAUGUUGCUUGGCCUAUGCAACUACGUUCUACAUUAUCUUUAGAAGUGUUCUAUCUUUAAUACGUACGCUUCUACUAACACUAAGUAUUUCCUUAAAUUAACAACUAGUAAUGGGAUAACUUUAUUGACUUAAAUUAGAAAAGAAUAGUCUACCUAUAAGAUGUGUAUUAUGAACAAUAUAUAGAUUUUCUGAGAUCUGACAAAACAAAAUAUCCUUAUUUUAAAAAUUUAACAGAGUUUUAAUUUACUUACAUUCUCAACAAAGAUGAUUUCAGCUAUCCAAAUAUUACAUACCCAGUAUAAGGUUCUUUUUAAUACUUCUUAAAUAUGCUCUACAUAUAUUCUCGUAGAUUUGCUUACAAUCUUCCAAAUACUUUUAAUGAAGAAGGAAUGAUUAAUGAAAAUUUUGGAAACUAUGAUGUUCCUCUUACCUAGCUGUAAACUGAUAUAGAGUAAAGGACUCUAACUAUUUUAGAUUAAAUAGAGUAAGGAGUUCAAACUCUUAUGAUUCUUGUGAUGUGUAUUUCAUUUGUUCUAAUUGCUAUUGUUUUCCCAGUUUACUACUAUGUUCAGACAAAAAUAGAAGCUAUUUUAAAGCUAUUCUCUACUUUUACUACAGAAAAUUUGCAGUAGAUUAUUUAAAGCUGCCAAUUUUCUUUGUAGAGAAUUUAAUAUAUUAAAAGUAAAAAUCCCACUAUUUAAAAAUCUUAAAUUGAAGCUAAUAUGGUGAUAAGAGAUGAAGGGCUUAAGAAAUUAGAAAUUCAAGGCUCUAAAAGAAAAAAUAUAUCUGCAACUUCUUAAAUUGUCAAAGUCCCUUAUUUGUUAAUUAUUUCAUCUCUUUUUGUAUAUGUGAUAAUUAUAGUUUAGCCUAUUGUGAAUAAUUCUCUCAUUUAGUCACUAACUUAAGAGUCAAGAAUCAACCUUGAACUUAUGAAAACAAUUUAUGACAUGAAAGCUCAUUUUGCCAGUGUUAUGUAUCUGCAUUAUGCUUAUAUCUUGGAAGUAUUGUGCGAUGAAUGCGUUUUUUAUGAUAGAGGUUACUUCAAAGUUAGAAUUCCUCUCUAUCAAAAUAUAAAUACAUAAAAACUGAAUGGAUUAUAUUAGGUUGUGUAAAAAGAAGUAGUGACAAAAAGAUACAAUUAAUAAUCUUAUGAUAACUUCUUUUUUAAAAUGCUCUAAGGAAAUAUUUGUGAAGCAAUGCAAGAAUAUCCAAAAUACCUGACAGAUCCAUUGUUUAAGUUUGAUUUCUCAACAUGCUCAAACAUUCGCUACUAAUUAUUAACUAAAGGUUUCUAAAUAGCAACUAAGGAUCUUUUAGAAUAGUUUACACCACUUUCAGAUAUUCUUGAGUAACCUGACAGAAAUAAAGCAAAAUUAGACUUAAUAUAAUGGUAAUAGUAAAUUAACAUGAUUGAAUUAGAUAUAUAUACUGAUUAUCUAAUUAACACUGUAACCGCUUUAAAAAAUUUUAUGAUCGAGAUGAGCGAUGAUUAUCUUAGCUAUGUGCAGAAAGUUCAGCUGUAUCUUCUUAUUUUCUAUUGCUUUUCAAUAAUAUUUCUAUUUUGUUUUAUUUGGUUGAGAUUCUAUGAUUUUAUUCAUAAAUCCUUAUACUCUACCAAAUAACUACUCAGUUUAAUUGAUGUUCUAAUAGUCAUACAAAAUCCAUAUGUUAUGAAUUACAUCAAUGAUCACUGA